AAAUAAACAAUCGAAUAUGUACAUUUUGAUUUCAUUGAAAAAUAUAGGACUUAUACUAAAGUAUAUAAUUAAAAAGUUGCUGAGUGACUUUUGCAUACACGAUGGUAACUAUUACCAUCGCGGUACAGUAAACAUUGCUAUCUAAAAUUAUAAAUGUUUCUAUCUGUGAUAUGAGUGACUACUGUUAUUGACGAAACCAAUAAGUUUGAUUGAAAAAGACAAUUAAAUUUUUGUCUUUUAUUAAGCAGUAAAUAAUUAAAAAUGGUUUCGGCGGCUGUUUUGGGUGCAGCAGCUGGCACUGGAUUAGCUUUGGUUGUCGCUGUUACUAUUGUCGUUUAUCGGUAUUAUUCGGUUAAACGAUUAGGAAAAUACUGGAGUACACUUGAUCGUUGGCCUGAGCCACCUGCUUCAAGUAAUAAAUCAUGCUAUAAUACCAAUCAAGGUCAUCAUCAUUGUCACAGUCCACCUUCUCAUGUACUCAAUUGCUGGAGAAAACCUCAACGAAAUUACUAUGCUGUUCAAUCCCAGGAAUUCAACGUAGCAAAGGAACAUCACGCAAUCCAACCCUCGUCAUCAACCAUUGGCACUGAAGGCCCAGGCUUACCACACCAAAGUCGAAGUUACCCAACCAGCGGAUCAUCAGUUCAAGGUCCGGGAGGUCGAGUUCUCGUUAGGAACCCAUCUGUGAGCUCACAAAGCUCUUUAGAAGGUGCGUCCAGUCCAUCAACGCAUCGUGGAUCAUCACCCCAAAUUCGAGCCUUUGGACCUGAUGGUAGACAUCAUCAUGAUUUAGUUCACGCAUCAUCUUCAUACCCACCCAGUAGAAGUUCCAGGUCACCAUCGCCAGCAAGAGCUUCAUCUUUAGAUGCUCGAUCUGCAAGCCCUGCAAACUGUGCAGGAAGUAUUCAUAGUGGAGUAGCAUCACCAUCACAAAGUUCAUUAUCAUCUUUGGCAACAGUAACAAGUUCAGCAGGCGUACUACCAGCAAAACCAGCAAGCCGUUGUCUUUCACCACUCUUGAUUCCACCUCCAAGAACAUCUAUAAGCGAUGGAAGCCCAGCGCCACCAGCAUCUCCACUGGGAUCUCUCCAACCAGAUCUAUAUCAACGUCGCGAUGGUCCACUUUUCCUAAGCGCUCGGAGUAGAACUGGUAAAUGUAUGGGUCGUCUUCAUUUACGUUUGAGCUACGAUUUUGACAAAUCAGAUCUACAUGUUCAUCUAAUUGAAGCUCAUGAUCUUGCCGGAAGCGAUCAAGGAGGUUUUAAUGAUCCUUUCGUUAAGCUUACUCUCAGUCCGGAAGUUGACAACAGGAAACGACAGACUCAUAUCCAUAGGAAUGAUCCAAAUCCGUUUUUUGAUCAACACUUUAGAUUUCCCGUUAGCUAUGAUGAACUUAAAGAAAAAACUCUCGUUCUUCAGGUAUUUGACUAUGAUCGUUAUUCGAGGAAUGAUGUAGUCGGUUCAGUACGGGUUGCAAUGGAAGAACUAGAACUUGUUUCAUCGACCUCACCUGUAGAAGUCUGGGGUGAGAUCGCUCGAGAAAAGAAAGCGCCUGAGGACAUACAAGAAGUUCUUGUAUCUCUAUCCUAUUUACCAAGUGCUGAAAGACUUACAGUGAUGAUACUUAAAGCGAGAAAUUUAUUUCCACCGCAGAAAAAAGAAAAUUUGGAUCCAUUCGUGAAGGUCAGUCUGUUGUCUGGUGAUAGAAGAGUCAAAAAAAAGAAGACCGAGGUAAAAAAAGCAACAAGAAGUCCAGUGUGGAAUGAAGCUAUGUCUUUCAAUAUUCCUGCUAGUUCUUUAGCAUCGUCCGCGAUUGAAAUUUGUGUGCUGGAUGCCAGUAGUGAAUUGGGUGGUAAUACUAUCGUUGGUUCGUGUAUUGUUGGACCAGCAACUAGUGGAAACUUUGCCGGAAGUGUACCGGAAAUGGUCAAUCAAAGCCGAGAACAUUGGACAAGUAUAACUCAAUCACCCAGAAAAGCUAUUGCUAUGUGGCAUGUACUACAUUAACUUUAUUGUAUUUAAUUAUUAUUGGGAUACAUUUAAUACGAAUCACUUAUUUCAAAUUUAUCAUUGCGAGUACAUAUUUACACUGUAAAAAAUUAACGAAGUGAAUGCGGAGCGAAUGACUUAGUAUUUAUUUAAUCCCCUCGGAAUAAAAUUCACUCUAAAGAGGACUUUAUUUUAAUAUGGAAACUCCGAUCCGGAGUGAAAUUAAUUCCUAAAGGGAGUUUAUUUUAAUAUUAAAACUCCGAAUCGAAGUGAAUCUGGAUUUAACUAAAAUCUAGAACACUUCGAAAUCGCUUUGCUAAGAAAACAAACUCCCUAUUUACUCCAAAUGCGGAGUAAUUAUUUUUACGGAGUAAAUUUGGAUUUAAAUAAAAUCCGUAAUCACUCUGAAUUCAGUCUCGAUUUUUUACAGUGUAUUAUAAAUCUAUAUUUGUGAAAAUAAAUUUAAUAUAACUUGUAACCUGAUGUCGGUUGCACAAGAUUAAUACCAUCAGCCACGUUGUACUAAAUAUCACUUUUUUUAAUAAUUACGUUUAAAAACGAUAAAGCAUUUUACAAUAAUUAUUUUAAGGCAAUUAGGGUCAAUUUAACCAGUUUAUAAUACAGAUACGAACUUAAACUGAUUGAGUUUGGUAUUGAUAGUAAGUAAUUAUGAAGAAGAAAUCAAUAGUUAUAAAUAUAUCUAUUCAAACUGUUAAAAAUA